AUGCGAAACAGCUGCAAGGCGGCUCUCACAAAUGAAGACUUCUACCCCCGAUCGUUUCGACGCGACGUAACCCUCUACUCCACCAACAGCAGAUGCGGGCCGAACUACGGGAAUAUAUUAUGCGACGAUACCACAGGUGAUUCUCUCACGACAUGCUGUAGUCAAUACGGAUGGUGCGGAGUUACUCCAGCUCACUGCGGAAAAGGCUGUUCGUCUGGGUGUAGAUCGAUACCUGCCAACAAGGCCAACGCGAUCCCUAGAGCUUCAUAUCCUUCUUCAACUGCCCCACCUGGAAGAUGCGGAAAAGAUUUCGGCGGAGCGACCUGUGACCCAAAUGGAGGAUACGGAGGUUGCUGUUCACAGUAUGGAUACUGUGGUACCACGCCUGGUCAUUGCGGCACGGGAUGUCAAAGUGGUUGCAGUAAUCCUGUCUCAAGCACCCCUCCCUCGGUAACUACAUCUGGUGAGCCAGUUCUUGGCAAGCCAUCAUCAACCAUCUCCGCGAAUCCCUCUGCCACUGGGAAGCCUACAAACGAUGGAUCUUGUGGCAUCAACUUCGGUGGCACUGUCUGCGGAGAUUGGCACGAUGGAGCAUGUUGUUCAAUGUAUGGAUAUUGCGGGAACACGACCGCACAUUGCGGCGAUGGCUGUCAGUCCGGACCUUGCCUUGGAGGCCCCGUGGUUCCAGCUCCUGGGCCGAGUCCAGCACCCGCAAACCCUAACCCGGGAUCCUUCAAAGUCGUUGGGAAAUCUGGCGUACCUGCUAUGCAUGCUGGUCUCUUACCCAAUGGCCGUGUCGUCUUUCUGGAUAAGGUCGAAAACUUCACCAAUCUCAAGCUGCCCAAUGGCCAGUUCGCGUACUCCUCGGAGUAUAAUCCUCAGGAUAACUCGGUCGUCCCCCUGGCUUACAAGACGAACGCAUUUUGUGCUGGCGGUAUCUUUCUGGCUGAUGGACAGUUUCUUGCACUUGGUGGUAAUGCUCCCUUGGCUUGGAUGGAUCCAACUGUCGGUGAUGGCUUCACGGGCAUCCGCUACCUAAAUAGAUCGGCUACAGAUUAUUCGCUCAAUGGCAAGGACUGGAAUGAGCCUGGAAACAAGCUCAAUACUGCAAGAUGGUAUCCAUCGGCUCAAGUCAUGCCGGAUGGCUCCAUCUUUGUCGCAUCAGGUAGCUUGAACGGCCUCGAUCCCAGUGUGAAGGCGAACAACAAUCCCACGUACGAAAUGCUUGACACUUCAGGUAUCUCAAACGGCCAGAGUAUAUCCAUGGAUAUUCUCGUCAAGACUCAGCCGUACUUCAUGUAUCCGUUCAUCCACCUGCUCAACGACGGCUCACUUUUUGUGUUUGUUUCUAAGUCAUCGGAACUUUUCAACGUUACAUCGGGCAAGACCAUCCGCAAUUUCGCUGAUUUGCCCGGGGACUUCCGCACAUACCCCAACACUGGUGGCUCGGUCCUCUUACCACUAUCUAGCGACUCUCAGUGGAAUCCGGACGUCAUAAUUUGCGGCGGUGGGGCCUACCAGGACAUCACCUCUCCAACUGAUCCCUCUUGCGGACGCAUACGACCGCUUGAUGCCGACCCAUCCUGGGAGAUGGACAGCAUGCCUGAAGGCCGAGGCAUGGUGGAAGGCACAUUGCUUCCGGACGGUACAGUGAUCUUCUUAAACGGAUGCAACAAAGGAGCUCAAGGUUUUGGUCUCGCAGCCGCGCCGACGUUUGAGGCUCUCAUUUACGAUCCGGCUAAAAGCCUGGGCCAACGCUGGACGACUGGUGCACGUACUGAUAUCCCGCGUCUGUAUCACUCCGUCGCCUUGCUACUCCUCGAUGGUACUCUUAUGAUUGCCGGAUCGAAUCCGGUCGAGCAACCUGUUCUCUCGGCAUCGCCACAAAAUCCAUUCAUCACAGAAUUCCGAGUUGAAAUAUACACACCUCCGUACUUGCAAGGAGAUUCUGCAAAAAAGCGCCCUACAGACGUCACCCUAACUUCCACAACUCUGCAGGCCGAUGGAUCAUCGUUUGGAAUCCAGUUCAAUGCGCCCACAGAUGCAAAGGGCGUCAAAGUUGCAUUGUACUAUGGUGGAUUCGUGACUCACUCAGUACAUAUGGGUCACCGAAUGGCUUUUCUCGACAACACCGGAUUUAAGCCUGGGGCUUCGGCGCAAGAGCUGACUGUUAAGAUGCCACCCACUCGGAACAUUGCACCACCUGGGCCAUACGUGGUCUAUGUCUUGGUGGAUGGAGUUCCUGCCGUUGGCCAGUUUGUUCAAGUUUCGUAAGCAAAGAGCUUACAUGAUUCAUUGCCAUAUUACACUUUCGUUCAGAUAAAAAUGCUGAAAGAUAUUGCAGGAUUUGCUCGGCGGCACGCAGCGGAAGAUUCAGCCCUUCAUAUCACGGAGUUUUCUGGACUGUUGGUUUUCACAUAUUUUGGAGUCUAUACAUUUCGACAUUGAAUCCAUCGAUCCGGCUUUUGGAUGAGCUGGGUUGAGGGUGGGUUGUAGAAGAGGGUAUGCAAUAAGGAGAGACAUAGUUUGUGAGGAGUAUACCUAAUGAAGUAGGAUUAAUAAUGUAAUGCAC